AUGGCCUUUCAGUCUCUUAUAAGCCUGUGCCCGAGGCGGAUAUCGAUUCCUCGACCAUCCAAGAUCUUCACCCGCAAGCUCAUGAUCCCAUUCGCCUCCGUCUCCGUCAUUAGCGCGAAACUCCUUCACAUAUAUGCUCAUCGCCACGCUCUGUCUACCCAGGACUUGAUCCGCUGGGGCACCUCGUUCUUUUUCCAAGAUGUCGCUUUUAUUCUCUUGGUUCGCAUGCUGCUCGAGAGUCGCAUGCCCGUCUUGUCUAUUCUCGGCGCCGCCAUCACCAUGGCUGUCCUCGUUCUCAGCUGCGGCACCCUUGCCUGUUAUAUGACAAUAUACACCGAGCCCGACUGGAACAAUGCCGGAAUCGUCCUUGACCCAGCCUGGUGGGCGGUAUUACCCACAGGCUUGGCUUCCCUUGCCUUUGUUUCGGCUACCAUGACCGUCGUCGCCGCUGCCACGCAGCAGUUCUGGAUCGUCAUCGCUGAUAUGACAUCCGACGCUUUGUUAUGGCCAUUCCGCCGCUGUAUGGGCAAGAAUAAAUACCAGAGCCUCAACCAGGUGCCUCCGAUCAAGUAUGAAGACGACACUCUUAACCCCUCCGAGGAUCAAAGUCUCCGUCGGUACAGAGAUGACGACGCCGCCGAGCAAGGACUGCAUUUCGAAACCCAGUUACCUGCGCCGUCCAAGUCAGCUCUUGGCGGCUACAUUGUUUGCGGCGCCGUUGCACUCACUACCAUGCUCACGACCAUUUUGCGCCCUCACGAUCCCGCCUAUAUUCUCAUGUCGUGGACCCUUCCUCUCCAGCCGAUUGUGGAUCUCUCUGGCGACGGCGGCCCUGCAGCCAUCACCAGCCACAACAGUAGCCCGAACAGCAUCGUCCAUGUCCUUGACGGAAAGACGGCCCUCGCAGACCCGAUUCCUCUGUCCUGGCUGCCCGAAGGACGCCCACUGCAAGGCUUCGAAGACUGGUAUCACAACGGGGCCGAGCAUUACAGUGCUGAAGCCGACCCCCUCAAAGUUUCCAACAUGCGCGACGAGCUCGUCCCUGAUUUGCGCGGAAAGCUCGCCGGUGUUGACAUACGACAUGUCAUUGUUGUCAAGAUGGAGUCGAUUCGAAAGGAUGUCUUUCCUGUUAAGCAAGGGGGGAAGAUCUGGACAAAGCUGGCCGAGGCCACUUCCAACAAAACGCUUUCUGAUGAAGUCCGCGACAGGCUCGCUACCCUUACACCGUUGGCUAAUACGCUCACCUGCGAUUUCGACGAUGGCUUCGACCAUGCCAACAGCACUUGCCGAGGCGGUAUCAGCGCGAAUAAUGCCUUUACCGCCAGUACAUAUACUCUCAAGAGCGUCAUCGCAACCCUCUGCGGUAUUGGUCCAGUCGCGGCUGACUUCAAUGUAGAAGCCAAAUCUCACUUUUAUCAACCCUGCCUCACGCAUGUCCUCCAUGCCUUCAACUCCAUCAACCACACCGAGACGAGCAAGUCUAGCAAGGAAUUUCAGCCGUACCCGUGGAAAUCUUACUACUUUCAAGCUGCAACCGACUCGUUUGACAAUCAAGGCGCGCUCUUUCCCAUCCUCGGGUACAAGUCGGAGAAUGUCAUUACGAAAGAAUAUCUGCAAAGCGAAUCGGCGAGAUUUGGCAAGUCAACCUUGAGCGACGUCAACUAUUUUAGUAUUCCAGAAGUAGCUCUGGAGGACUACAUUCGGGAUGCUUUCCAGAGUGCCAAGGAAAGCAAGGAGAGAGUGUUUUUGACUCAUCUAACCAGCACCACUCACCAUGCUUUUGGAAUCCCUGCCGAAGAGCACUACGUUCACAUGAGCGAGGAUAAGGACCUCGAGGACCUUUCCAACUACAUUAACGCGGUAGGCUACAGCGAUCGCUGGCUUACCAAGCUUUUGAACAUUUUGGAGGAGGAAGGGGUGGCCAACGAAACGCUGGUCGUCUUUGCAGGAGACCACGGCAUGCCAGUUGCUGAGGACGGUGUGGCGACUUACCACAACGACGAGACUGCUAGCUUCCACGUCCCGAUUGUGUUUUCUCACCCCAAUCUACCCAAGGUAAGCAUCGGCGACGUUGUCUCUACGAUGCAGAUCCUUCCUACUGUGUUGGAUCUCUUGAUUGAGUCGGACUCGUUAUCGGGAGAGUCGAAGCGUGCGGCGACGGACCUGGUUCAAAACUACGAGGGUCAGUCCUUGUUGCGUCCUGUGCACCCUGCUGCGGAAAACGGCCACGGCGACUGGCAGUUUAGUGUCACCAAUCCCGGGGGAGCCACGCUAGCAGCGCGUGACGGCAGAAACGCCAACUGGCGAUUGACGUUUCCCAUAACGUCUGGCCAAGACUGGCACUUUGUGGAUGCCAGCUCAAACUCGACUGGCAUUUUCUCUCUUUCGUUUGAUACUCUGCGCAGUCGUGCCGAAACGCAACUGGGCAGGGAAGUUGCGGACUGGCUAGAAGAGGCAGCGAUUGUCAGCCGUUGGUGGCUGGACGAAAACCAAAAGAGGUGGCGGUAUGGGAAAUACACGCCAAACGACAAUAAAAAGGAUUGA